AUGGGGGAGCCGCGGGGCGGUGUGGCGGCGAGAGCGGCGGUCAUAGUGCUCGGAGCGGGAGCCUGCUACUGCCUGUGGCGGCUGGCGGCGGGCGGCCGGCGGGGGCCGCGGGCUGCGGGAGGGGCGGAGCGGGGCCCGUCGCCAGAUAACAGUACUCCAGUGUCAACCCAUACCAUGGAUGCAGAUGCUCUACAGAAACUUAUUUAUUUGCUGCAUGCCACAGAUGAUCCAUUAAUUCAAGAGCAAGCUUUAAUCACUCUUGGCAACAGUGCUGCCUUCUCUGUAAACCAAGAUAUAAUCCGGAAUUUGGGUGGCCUUUCUGUUAUUGGAGGGAUGCUCUCAGACUGUGUUCCCAAAGUUAAAGAAAAAGCACUGAAUGCACUUAAUAAUUUGAGUAUGAAUAUUAAAAAUCAGGAAGAGAUACAGGUAUAUAUUACACAAGUGUGUGGGAAUGUUGAAUCAGCUCCCCUGAAUUCUGACCUGCAGCUAGCUGGACUCCGACUGUUGACAAAUAUGUCUGUUACCAGUGACUACCACCCUAAGAUGAUAACCUCGAUUCCAUGCCUCCUUCAUUUGCUUUCAGAAGGAACUGAAAGGACACAGAUUCAAGUUUUGAAAGUACUUGUGAACUUAUCUGCAAACCCAGCCAUGACAAGACAUCUUCUCAGAGGUCAAGUGCCAACAUUGCUGUUACUUCUUGACAACUGUACAAACAGAGAUAUUCUGCUUAGAGCCCUGGUGUUUGCAGCAAACUUGAAAAAGAAUGUGAACAACAAAGAUGGCACCAUGGACCAAUACAGUGAAAGUUCCAUUUUCUUUAAACUCUUUGGGGACUCUACUGCUUUUGCUCAGAAACUGGCGUCUUUGUUGCAUCACCCUGAUGCAGAAGUGAAAGAGCAAGUUGUGAGGAUAUUAACACAGUAGUGAUUCCUUCUUUAAAAAGAAGAGAGUGACCUGAUGAAAAUAUCUCACCUUAGGAAUGAUGGGCUAAAAAAACCCCAACAAGCAACAAUAAAACAACCCCAUAAAUACUAAAUAGUACCUUAUUAUUAGGCACAAAGCAUAGAAUUGCUAAGGUUGGAAAGGACCUUAAGAUCAUCUAGUUCCAACCCCCCUGCCACGGUCAGGGACACCUUACACUAAACUAUGUCACCCAAGGCUCUGUCCAACCUGGCC